GGAAGAGGUGGCUGCCAUGGCAACGGUGUACACAGGCUCGGCCUGGCUGAGGCGGAGCGCAGAUCGUUUAUUUGAAGACUGUCUCCAAAUCUGAAGAGAUUGUGAUCAGGGAAACUUAGCACCAUUUUGGAUUCCACAGCAGUCAUGUGUUGGAAUCACUGAGGUCAUCUGGGAAGAGGACAAGGAGCCCACAUUACCUUUACCAGUUAGUAUGUAUCUAGGAAGAAAGAGAGUCCAUACAUUCGUGCGAGUCAAGCCAACAGCUGAUUUUGCUCAAGACAUGAUCAAGUUUGGGCCAGACAACAAGAGCAUAGAGAUGUGCCUCAAAAAAGAUGCCAAGAAACAAGCUAUGAAUAGCAGGCAGACCAACUGGAGCUUUAGGAUGGAUGGCAUCCUUCACAACACCUCCCAGGAACAGCUUUAUGAGACAGUGGCAAAGAAAUUGGUGUCUGAAGCUUUAAUUGGCUAUAAUGGAAUGAUAAUGUGCUAUGGGCAAACGGGGGCUGGUAAAACUUACACCAUGAUGGGAACAACUGCCGAUUACAAGCAUCGAGGAAUCAUACCACGAGCUAUACAGCAGGUCUUCAAAGCAACUGCACAAUCCACUGAUCCACUCAUCACUGUCCGAAUAUCCUAUCUGGAAAUCUACAAUGAGACCUUGUUUGACCUUCUGUCCACUGUGAGAAGCAAAGGGAGCAGUGACAUGCAGAUGGCUAUUGUGGAUUGCCCAGAAGGGGUUUAUGUGAAAGGCUUAUCUAUACAUACAGUUAACCUCGAGGAAGAUGCUCUAAGUCUCCUUUUUGAGGGUGAAAACAAAAGAGCGAUAGCAAAGCACGCACUGAAUAAAUAUUCAUCCAGAUCCCAUUGCAUCUUUACUAUUUACAUUGAGUCUCGUUUCAGAUUUUUCCCAGAUGCCAAAUGUGUUAACUCUAAAAUCAACUUAAUAGAUCUGGCAGGCUCAGAGAGACUGAGCAAGUCUGGAUCUGAAGGACAGCUUUUGAAGGAAGCCAUGUACAUCAACAAGUCUCUGUCAUUCCUGGAGCAAGUCAUCACUGCCCUGGCUGAUACUAAGAGGGACCACAUCCCCUUCCGGCAGAGCAAACUCACUUACGUCCUCAAGGACUCCCUGGGGAGAAACUGCAAUACUGUCAUAGUGGCAAAUGUCUGUGGGGAAGCUGCAUAUAUGGAACACACUUUGUCUUCUCUUCGGUUUGCUACCAGAAUGAAAUGGGUCACCAUAGAGCCAGUCCCCAAUGAGACACAUGACCGAGAGGGGACAGUGAAGGCUUUGGAGAAGGAGAUUGCUCUUCUGAAGCAGGAACUGGUCAUACAUGACAGCUUGGCAAAUCGUGGUUCGCUGGUGACUUAUGACCCUCUGUCUCAUGUCCAGAUAGAAGAGAUUAAGUCUCAAGUCCAUAGAUACCUAAAAGGAGCCAUUGAUGAAAUUGAUAUACUGAACCUCAGGCAAAUCCAGGAGGUAUUCAAGCAGUUCAAACUGAUUUUAAGUCAACAGGAGUGUGAAGUGGAGGAGAGAUUACGAAGCAAGUACGCUCUGAUAGACAAAAAUGACUUUGUUACUAUUGCUGCUCUUCAUAAGGCAGGUGCAGUUGAUGUGGAUGGCCAUUUGGUGCAGGAAGAGGACGAGCAGGCUCUUGACACUAGAGCUGGUCCUUCACCCAGAUGUGGUAGGAGGAAGAUAUCCAGGAAGAAUGGUGAGACAUCCAGGAAGGAAGGAGCAAGGAGCAAUCUUUCUUGGAAAGACGUAGAAGGGGAUUUACCAUCAAAAAGUCAGGUGAUGUUUUCCACUCAGGAUCUGGAUGUGAAAGAGGUACCAAGGGACCAGGAUACAGCAAAUAUUGAUGCAGAGCUCUCAAAGCCAUCUCCUGUGGAGGAUUCCCAGCAGCCCAGCUCCCCUCCGCCCAAGCCAGCAGCAUUUGAGAUGUUUAAGGAGGAGUAUGGAAGUGAGAUCAGCCGGAUCUUUAAAGAGAACAAAAGCAUCCUACUUGACAGGAAGAAGAGAAGAAGUACAGUAACACAGAGAAUCAACUCCAUCAAGCUUGAGAUGGAGAGCAUAAAAAAAGCUCUGGAGGAUCAGCAGCAGGAGCGGUGGCAGCAGGGAGAGUAUGUUGAUGAGAAAGGACACAUCAUAAUUGAUGAGAAGGAGUUUUUACUCAUUGUGAAGCUGAAGGAGCUGAAGAAAGAGUACAGGUCUAGUUACGCUGAACUGCAGGACCUGAAGGCAGAAAUUGAGUACUGCCAGGAUCUGGUGAACAAAUGCCGGCGCAAGCUCAUCUCAGAGUUUGAGAUCUGGUACAAUGAGUCCUUCCUUAUCCCCAAGGAUGUGCAGGAAGCUCUGAAGCCCGGUGGCAACAUCAGACCUGGAAUGAUUCCCAUAAACAGAGUCAUGUGCCUGGAGGAAGAUGUUCAGGAGAGGUUUGAGCAGAUGCAGGAGACAAUGCUGCCAGCCUGCCCAGCUUCAGUCCCCUUCUACAAGGCGAAAAUGAGGACUGAUCAAAAGCACGCGUACAACAAAACCAUGUCAUCCCUAGAGCAAAUGCGCAAGAAACCGGGGCUCAUCCCAGCCGCUGGGAAGAAUAAAACCAUGUCGUUUCUGCACGUCACAUAGCACAUUUGGGCUCAGCCUGGAACUCAUAAGCAACACCAGCUCAGAAGGUGCUUUCUGUUCAUAUCCAAAUAGGUUUAUCAACAAUAAACAGUAGGAAAAACCCCACCAAACUUUUGUGCAGCUAGACUGACAGUUACUGGCAAUCAAACCCACUGUUUAGACAGGCAGCAAGCCAGGCGUUCAAACAGCAACACUUGUUUAUGGCACCCUCCCCACCCCAGUGCAGCAGGACUAGACCAGUUUUUGCCCACCACUUUCCGGGAAGCUGAUUCAGAUUCAGGGUGAGAUCAUGGUGCCCAGCAACUGGAAAGCUCCUGGGGAUACUGUGCUGCUUAGCCAGGCUACUGUUACGUUUGCCCAUGAAGCAGAGUGUACUGAAGGCCUGCUGGAAGUCCUCCUCUUCCUCAGAAGAGUUGGGAGGCUGCUUCCAGCUCGGCACAUGCCAGGGGAGUUUGUGUACCAAAUAUCCAGCCAAAAGAAUCCCAUCUUCUCCUACUGCUGCCAACAGGCAGCCAUCAGUGUCAGCUCCCCUGUUGCUCCCCUCUAUGCCCAUACCACAGGCUCUGAGGGGUGAGAUAUGGAUGUGGGCCCAUAUAUAU